AUGGCAUUGGUGGCUGGACCAGGGGUGGGAGGAACACCAUCCUCGGUCGACAAACUUCCGGCCGACCUCAGCCUGGUCGUUGAGAAACAUGUCAAAUACAUACAAGGCUUGGAUACUCGAAAGGAUGAACUCGACUACUGGUUGACCGAGCACCUAAGACUCAAUGGCGUCUAUUGGGGUUUGACUUCACUUUGUCUCCUUGGCCAUCCAGAUGCAUUGCCACGCGAUAAAACAUUGGAGUUUGUCCUUGCAUGUCAGAAUCAUGAUGGAGGCUUCGGUGCCGCACCGGGUCACGAUUCUCAUAUGCUGUAUACAGUAAGCGCCGUUCAAAUCCUGGCAACCAUCAAUGCGUUAUCAGACCUGGACGAAGAGGGAAGAGGAGGAAAGGAGCGCAUUGCAAGAUACAUUGCUAGUCUGCAAGACCCCCAGACUGGCGCCUUUGCCGGAGAUGAAUGGGGUGAAACUGACACUCGCUUCCUCUGCGGAGCGUUUAACGCUCUCUCGAUCCUCAAUAUGAUGCAUCUGGUCGACGUGGAAAAAGCGGUAUCGCAUGUUCACGCAUGUACCAAUUUCGACGGCGGCUUUGGCAGGUCUCCAGGCGCAGAAUCUCACUCGGGCCAAAUAUUCACAUGUGUUGCUGCCUUGACCAUUGUGAGAAGACUCGAUCUAGUGGAUACUGACCGAUUGGCUGCCUGGUUGAGCGAAAGACAACUCGCGAAUGGUGGACUCAACGGCCGGCCGGAAAAGUUGGAAGAUGUGUGCUACAGCUGGUGGGUCCUCAGUAGUCUUGCCAUGCUUGGGAAACUACAUUGGAUCGAUUCUACAGAAUUGACAAAAUUUAUUCUGAGGUGUCAGGACCCUGAACAAGGGGGGAUUUCCGACAGACCUGGAGACAUGGUUGAUGUUUUUCAUACAGUCUUCGGGCUCGCAGGUUUGAGUUUACUGGGUUAUCCAGGACUUGUCGAAGUCGAUCCGGUCUAG